AUGGUGUGCAAUAUAUAUUUACGUUACAUUUUACAUACGUAUAAACUUCAAUAAUCUAAUAGACCAAUGGCUCUUUGUUGUAACCCUCAGAUAUACCACAGUGGUUUAUGGAUCGUCAGUCUGGAUAACAUCUGAUGCGGUUGUCCUCUCAUAUGGUCCAUGGAGUCUACUUGACUGCCAAUACUUUGUCUCUUGGAAUCACAUGAAAUAAUUCACCAACAGAUACACAUGCCAUCAAAUGUGUCACUAGCCAUAGCACUACCCUAUGGGCUAUCAGCAGGGAAUUAGAUCACCCGAUGUGUGUACACCUCAACAGUUAUUGGGACUCAAUUUCUCCAAUGGUGUUAUAAUUGUGGCUACUUUGCUCAUACCAACACUUUAUUCCAUUUCACCUUUGGACGGCGACUCAGCAUCUGAACUUGGGCGACUGACACAGGAUAAUCACUAUGGUAUGAUUAAGAGAUGUCGAAUGAACAUAGCUGCAAUGGUGGAUAGUCAAAGAACUUGUUGUGAUGCUUGGAUACAGCUACCGCUUUUAACUUUCAUCUUCUGAACUUUGACAUGAACAAAGCUGCUGAUCACCGCUCUCUCGGUUUUCCAGACGCUCUAAUUUGAGCCACACAGUAUGCUGCACUCUUUCUUCAUCGUGAAGUGUCUGUCUUCCACGAUAGAUCGAGGUGCUGGUUGUGUUUGUACGAGUAUGAAUCGACUAUUGUUGUUACUCAUUGGGUCUCCUGUAGCUCAGAUCAUCGAGCGAUGACCACUUUGUGUUACUUCAACAAGUUACACACAUACAUGGAGCUGACUCUAUAUGAUAGAGAUCCUUACUGAGUGUACUUGAAGUCGAUGGCUUUUUGGAUGUAAG